UUCAUUCAUUCUGUCCUUAUACGACUUGCUGCGAAUCCUUUGUUCCUUUAUAAAAUGAAUUGUCAUUUAAUUGAAAUAUUGGGGCCUAAUGCUAAAUUUUUAGGGUUUUAUAAUCCACAUUCUUCGGGUUCGGGCAAGAAGAGAGAGAAGACGCAAUUUUGACCCUCAAUUUCACAGACCUUUAAUCAUUCACGCGAUUCUUCUUGUUCAAUAUUCCCCGUUCAUUUGUUGCAGAAAUCUGGUUUUGGGGCAAUCUCCGUAUUUCGAUAUUCUGGUGAUUAUGGAAGCAGAUUAUGGAAAGGAUUGCACCAAAUCUGAGAAUAGAGAAAAUCUUUCAGUUCCCCCUGGUUUUACGUCCCUGACAUCUUUCAUUUUGAAAAGGGAUGGAAAUGUUAAGAAAAGUGAUAAAUCUACAGCCUUUCAAAUUGCAUCCGAACAAGAGCCAAUAUUCAUGGAGACUAUUCCUGAGAUGAAUGACAUUAGUGCUUAUAGACAGGUUCUUAUGCAUCGGCCGUGGAUAAUCGCAGACCAGAGCAAUCACCACAAACUUGAGGAAUCUCACAUAAAGCAUCUUCCUAUGGAUCCCCCUUUAAAUGAUGGUCGUCCAAAAGGGAUCAUACAUGGAUGUCCAAACUGCAGUAAUUGUGUGAAGGUAUGUACCUUUCACUUUACCUUUCCACAUUGGAACAGUCAUGACUAUGUCUCCUUUUUGUUUGUUUGUUUGUUUAUCAAAGUCUUGAACCAGGUAACAGCAAGGUGGCAUCCUGAGGAUGCUAUAAGAGAAGUUUUGGAAGAAGCUCCUACUUUCCACCCAACAGAAGAGGAAUUCAAAGACACACUUAAAUAUAUUGCAAGCAUACGUUCCAGAGCAGAACCUUAUGGAAUGUGCCGUAUUGUCCCUCCUACUUGCUGGAAACCACCAUGCUCUCUUGAGAAAAAGAACAUAUGGGAAAAGUCUGAAUUUGUUGCUCAGAUUCAGCGAAUUGAUGGACACCAACUUCAGCAUGCACAAGAAAUUAUGGCUAGUGCUAGUGGAAAUACAAAAACCAAGAGAAAAAGAGAUGUAAAAGUAGCUUUAGACUCUCAGCUUGGUAAUAGAAACACCAGCACUCCAAAUAACCAGAAUGUUCAAAAAUGUGACUGUGAGUCUGAACCUGGUCCUAAAUUCAGUCUCAAAACAUUAAAGAAAUAUGCAGACAUAUUUAAGAGUCAGUACUUUGAUUACAAGGAUAAGAAGAAGAUUAUAGGUUCCAAUAUAAAAUUAGCUAUACAUCAGCAGUGGGAACCAUCUGUGGAGAAUAUUGAAGGUGAAUAUGGACGGAUUGUUCAAAAUCCAACUGAAGAAAUCAAGGUGCUUUGUGUUAACACUUUGGAGGCCGGAGUUUUUAGCAGUGGAUUUCCGACAGUUUCUGAUCCUGUGGAGGCAUACACUUACCCUGAAUAUUUGAAAUCUGGAUGGAACUUGAAUAAUAUACUUUCACUCUCAGGAUCCCUUCUUUGUUUUGAAAGCUCUGAAGCUUCACGUAAUUUUGCCCCCAAGAUUCACAUGGGAAUGUGCUUCUCUCCACUCAACUGGAAAGUUGAAGAGCACCACUUAUACUCAUUAUAUUACGUGCAUUUGGGUGAACCAAAAGUGUGGUAUGGCAUCCCAGGAAAAUUUGCUAUUAACUUUGAAACAAUUUGGAAGAAGUAUCUCCCUGAUUUGCAAGCAGGACAGCCUGAUAUGCAUGAUAAUAUGGUGAUGCAGCUAUCAUGCUCCAUAUUGAAGGCAGAGGGCAUUCCUGUAUAUCGUUGUAUUCAGUAUCCUCGUGAGUUUGUUCUUGUCUUUCCCGGGUCAUAUCAUUCAGGAUUUGAUUGUGGCUUCAACUGUUCUGAAGCAGUAAGUUUUGCUCCUCUUGAGUGGCUGCUUCAGGGACAGAAUGUUGUAGAGCUAUACUGUGAACAGAGGAGAAAGACAUUACUUUCAUAUGAUAAGCUUUUGCUAGGAGCAGCAAGGGAAGCUGUGAGGGUCCAAUGGGAAACUAAUCUGUGCAGGAAGAGCACAUCAGAUAGCUUAACAUAUAAAGAUGCCUAUAAAAAAAAUGGGUUCUUAAUAAAAGCUUUGAACUCUCGCAUCCAGAGUGAAAGUUUGAAGAGAAAAUUUCUUUGCACUUCUUUGGUAUCACAAAGAAUGGAUGAAAAUUUUGAUGCCACUUGUAAAAGGGAAUGUAGUAUUUGCCUCCGUGAUUUACACUUGUCUGCUGUAGGUUGUUCAUGUUCAGAUAACUUUGCAUGUCUUGAUCAUGCAAAACAGCUUUGUUCUUGCACUUGGAGCAACAAAACUCUCUUCUACCGUUAUGAAAUCAAUAAUUUGAAUGUUCUUUGUCAAGCUUUGGAUGGGAAAUUAAGUGCAGUCUUUAAAUGGGCUAAAGAGGAUCUCGGAUUAACUCUGAACUCUGUUGCCUCCAAGAGAUCAAAACAAAGCUCAAAAAACAUAAUUGGUUCAACCCACCCUUCGCAAGAUUUGCAGAUGAAUGAACCUGUAUCGCAGACAGCAUCAGAUGAAUCCUCAAAAGGGAAACAACGUCAAUUGCUAGAUAUAUUGAAUUCAUCAAAAACAAAAGAAAAUGAAGUGGUUCCGAAUUCAUCAAAGAAAAAAAAUGAGGUGGUUCCGAAUUCAUCAAAGAAACAAAAUGCAGUCGUUUCCCAAGUUGUGCGGACUUUUGGUGGCACUCACAGUAGUUCUUAUGACAUUCGUUCAAAAAUGAAGACAACUGUACUUCAGUCAACCUUUGCAGAUGAUAAGAAAGGAAUCAAUUCUGUUGGUGCCAAAAUUGAUACGAAGACACUUGGGCAUAAGUUUACAAUUUCAAAGGAAGUAGGAGAUCCAAAAGUAUCUAAAGUUCCUUCAGUUACAAACGCACGUUACUUGCCUUUUCUACAAGACAAUGUGUUAGCUGAUGUUUCAUCUGAUAGUUCGAGCACAUCUAUGUCGUCAGAUUCUGAAGAUGAAGAUGUGCAAGUAGCUAAUGGCUAAAUUUUCAUAGCGGAAAGAUGUUAAGAGUCUUUUGUAGGUUUAUGUGUAGGAUAACCAUUUUUUCAUGCAAAGAUUGGCACUGGAAAUUUGGAUGAUACAUCCAUCGUAGUAGGUAGUUAUAUAGUUACAAAAAGGUUGGUCUGUAACCCAAUUUUCUUCAACAGUUGAUAAGAACCCAACACUAUUUUGGCAAGUAGACAGAACAGCAAAUCCAUUGGUUCAUUUUGUAUCCCGAGUUUUUCUAAUGUCAUUCUUGUCUCUUUCUCUCCUA